CGCGCAGCCGGUAGCGCGGCCGCCGCGUCCCCGCUACUGCGCAUGCGUGCCGCGCCCGCGGGCGGCCGGCGGGGCUUUUAAAGGGACCGUGUCCUGUUACCGGUGAGCGGCUCUGCCCGCGGUCUUUCCCCCCCCCACCUCCCAAACCGGGUCCGGCGGCGGCUGAUGAUGGAGGCGACCGCGGGCUGGCGCUGCCGGCCGGGCGGGCGACUCGACAUGAGCCACGGUUUCGUGCGGCACAUCCGCCGCAACCAGAUCGCCAGGGACGCCUACGAGCGGGCGGUGCGGCAGGCGCGGGGGCGGGCGCGGGGGCGGCUCACACCGACCCCCCCUAGGCCCCGCCGCCCCGACCAGCAAGUGUACCGGCCCCGGCGGCCCGGUGAGCGGGGGCACCCACGGGUGCCCCAGGGGGUCCCGGGGGAGACGCUGGCCCGGGCCCCCCCCCCUGCUGACACCCGCGGGCCCCGGCUCUUCUGCCUGGAGUACGAGGGGGACGACGGCUGCGUCACCGCUGUCAUCGUGCACCAGGGAGACAGCGCGGAGGAGGUGACGCGGCGGGUGUGCGCCCGGAGCCCGCUGGAGCCCGCCCUGCGCCGGGCCCUCUGCCAGCGGGUACAGGAUGAGCUCAGCAAGCGCCGAGGGACAGGGUGA